CUGCUGAUGGGAUUGCAUUAUUUUUAUUUUUACUGUGUAAAAAUUGGGAAAUCUCAAAAUUUCGCUAGUUUUGGACUCCUAUGAAGUGACUAUUUAGCAAAUUGGGAUUAUUCCCUUUGUUCGUGUGGAAAAACUUUUGGAAUUUAAUUUUGAUUAACACGCUGUUUCUGGAUGAAGUGUCAAAAUUUUCGUAUUCAGCCGUGGAUUCGUGCCAAUAAUCGUGAAAAAAUUGAUUCUGUUGUGAUGAACUUGAUGAAAACUGAUGAUAUUGACAAACUGUUCAGUGGAUUGUGAACACCGUCCGUUGUAUUGUUGGUUUCUUUGUGACAGUUGGAUGAUUUAACAGUUUCGCGAAAGUGAAGGUGACGUAGUUGGUGAUCCAACAUGAGUUCACCGCCACCGGUGCAAUUGGAAGUGGAGGUGGGGGACGAGUCUAUGGAGGAAGACUCUUCGGAGAUGAUGGCACCAGACAGGUUCACGUUGCCUUCGAGAGCCGAUGCGGUGCUGGAACUGUGGAGAACCAAGAUGGCGGAGGGGGUGCUCUCCCCUGGACACUUCCAGGACCACUGGCGGGUCACCGUGCCCAGGAUAUACUCGCCGCUGCCUAACAGGACUUGCUUGGACUGGUCGUUCGACGAGGAGCUAGCCGCCAAGCUGCUAACGGAGCCGCUAGAGCAGUUCGUGUGGGGCACCGCGGAGGGCUCGCAGCCGCCGCCGCGUCGCUCCACGCUCUGCGGCCGCGUGUUCAAGCAGGGCGAGCCAGCCUACAGCUGCCGCGAGUGUGGCAUGGACAACACGUGCGUGCUGUGCGUGGAAUGCUUCAAGGUGUCCGCGCAUCGCCACCACAAGUACAAGAUGGGUCAGUCCGGCGGCGGCGGCUGCUGUGACUGUGGCGACACGGAGGCCUGGAAGCGGGACCCCUUCUGCGAACUACAUGCGCCGGCCGAUGCAGCGGAGCAGCCGUGCGCUCACGUGAGUGCUGACGUCAUCGAGCGCAUGAAGAUAGUCGCGUCCGUCUGCCUGUCCUACAGCCUGCGCCUGCUCACGCACGACCACGCGCCCAGCCUGCCCAACGACCUGAGAUUAAAAGACGCCGAGAGGGAUCUCCUGCAGAUCCUAGAUUCGCCCGAUCGGUACUGCACUGUUCUCUACAACGAUGAAACACACACAUUUGAACAGGUGAUCACGACACUGACGCGCGUGAUGAAGUGCAACCACCGCGACGCCGUGGAGUUGGUGACGCUGAUCGACCGCGAGGGCCGCGCGCUCGUCAAGUGCAGCACCUUCCAAGUCGCCGAUAAGCUUAAAGGCGACAUCGAGACGUUCACGUCGCGGCACGGGCCCAGCCUGAAGGUGCUCGUUAUGCACGCGCACGUCAUCGCGCACCAGACCUUCGCCAUGAAGCUGCUCAACUGGCUCCAGAACUUCGUGUGCCGUGAGCCGAGUCUCCGCUUGGCUCUUAGCCAAGUGGCCCUCGGGGAAGAGGCGUGGGGGGGCGGUAGCACCACCCUUUGUGGAGGGGGCGUGGCUGGUGCUGUCAUGCAGAACGACUUCCGCAUGUGGAAGGCCGCUCGCACCGCCUGGCAUCGCCUGCUGAUAGCUACUACCCUCAUGGAUUAUUCAACUAAGAAAGCCAUGGCUAUUCUCUUCACUAAGAACUAUGCGUCAAUACUAAAGGACUUCAUCCGCGACGACCACGACCACUCGUUCUCGAUCUCAUCGCUAUCCGUUCAGCUGUACACCACGCCGACUCUCGCGCACCACCUCAUCGCCUACCAAGACGCACUGUUUGUCGUCAUCAACACGUUUGUCAGCGAGUGCAAUCGUCGUUGUAACAAUAAGGGUCGUCUGGAAUUCGACCGCAACAUCAUCUCGAUGGGCUUCAAGCGAGCACAAUUCAUUCUGUACGACGUGAAGUAUCUUCUCAGCUCCGUGCCGACGUCAUUCGACGACGACCUAAGGAAGGGCUUCCUGCACGGGCUUUCUCUGAUGCUUAACCUGCUAGUCAUGAUGCAGGGAAUGGACUCGGUGGUCAGACAAGUGGGCCAACAUAUGGAGUACGAGCCGGAGUGGGAGUCUGCCUUCAACCUCCACGUGAAGCUCGCGCACAGCAUCACGCUGUCCCUCGACUGGUGCUCAGCAGAGCGCGCCGUGGCCGCCAGCGCCUACCGCAUGGCGCUGCGGCGGCACUGCGACACCUACACCGCGCCGCCCCGGGUGCUGCGAGAGCUGGGCAACCAAAGCGCGUCGGUGAUCCCGUACGACGUAUCAGUGGAGCCGGUAUCGAUCCACCGGCCGCUGUCGCGCUUCAUCGCGGGGCUGACGCUGCAACUGCACCGCCACGGUUUGAGCUACCAUAGCCGCGAGUUCGACCGCCCUGAGAAGCCGAAACCCACGCCUGAAGAGCUCAUCGAGCCGGUGCUGCAGACGAUGGCAAUGAUCGCUCAGGUGCACGCGGGCAUGUGGCGGCGCAACGGGUUCGCGCUGCUCAACCAGCUCUUCUUCUACCACAACGUCAAGUGCCGCGCUGAGAUGCUUGACCGCGACGUGCUCAUGCUACAGAUCGGCGCAUCCCUGAUCGAGAGCAACGAGUUCAUAAUUCACGUGCUCAACAAGUUCAAUCUCCUGGACUGGGCUGCGGCGGACUUCGAGCAGCGAGGAGUCGAGGACGACCAGCUGCGGUAUACCAUCAGCAUGGUCGAGGAGUUCCUGGGGCUGCUCAUCACAGUGGUGGGUUCCCGCUGGGUGCCGGGCGUGGGAGCGGUGUCGGCAGCUGACCGCACUAAGAAGGAGAUCAUUCAGAUGCUCUGCGUCAAGCCCAUGCCGCAUUCAGAGCUCAACAGGUCUCUCCCCGAAGACCAGCUACACGAGACGGGCCUCGAAGCGGUGAUCCACGAAGUAGCCGACUUCAACAAGCCUCCGGGAGGCUCCAACCGCGGCGUCUACCGCCUCAAGCCGCACCUCUAUGACGAAUACGAUACCUUCUACUACCACUACACGCGCGAGGAGUUAUCGCGUAGUGAGGAGGAGCAGCGCAACCGCAGGAAGGCACAAGGUCUCCAAGAGUGCUGCCCGCCGCCGCCGCUGCCGAAGCUGACGCCGGAGUUCCGUCUGCUGGCCAGCCUGCUGCAGAGCGACGCGGCGCUACACGUGCUGCGGACCGUGCUCGAGCGCGCACUCGACCUGCGCGCGCGCUCCUUCUCCGAGCCGCAAGUGCACAAGGCUCUCCACCUCAUCGGUUACGCAUUACGCGACGAAGAGAGCGGCCAUUACGAGUUCCUAGCAUUCGCGGAGAGCGCGGCCCGAUGCGGCCUGGUGGCUCUCCUCCAGCGAUUAGCGGCUUCCCCACGCGUGGACGCCCACAAGCAGCUGGCCAAAUGGGUUCUAGCUAAAAUGAGAUCGCUGCUGGGCACGACUGACGAACACAUCGGCGAUGGCGAGAGCAUGGACGCCGACCAGGAGGAGAAGCCCGCCUCGACCGAGGCUGCAGAUGCGGAGAAGGCCCGUCGCGCGAAGCUAGCGGCCGAACGGCGCGCAAAACUGAUGGCGCAGAUGAAGGCUCAGAUGAACAACUUCAUCACCAACAACGCGACGCUCUUCGAGGAGACCGUCACUGAGGUGCCUCCAGAGAACCAGGAGCAAGAACUACGCUCGUUAUACUGCGGUUCAGCGCUGGGCGUGUGGGGCGGCGGCGUGCCUGACGCGCCGCGCGUCUGCAUCAUGUGCCAGGAGGAGGCGCGCGUAGAAGCAACAGCCGCGCCACUAGUCCUAGUAGCCUUCGUGCAACACUCCUCCGUAUUAAACCGCGCGCGCGUCGGCUCGGACGGACGGCGGCCGGGCGCGUGGCGUGCAGCGCACUUACCUGCUGGCUUGGGCGCGCAACCGCACGUGUCGUCGUGCGGGCACGCGCUGCACGCGCGCUGCUGGCGGAAGUAUUUGGAUAACGUGCUGGAUAAGGAGAACCGACGACCAUACCGCCUCCGCCAGCCGGCCGCUUUCGACGUCGAAAAGAAGGAAUACCUUUGCCCUCUCUGCGAACGACUUUGCAAUACGGCGUUACCGAUUCUGCCGGCGCCGGCGCAUCCCGCCGGAACGCCGCCGCCGGUUACUGAGGAGGCGUAUGCCAUCGCCUCCGGACUUAUUCUCUCACUACGUCACCAGGUGGCGCUUAGUCCCGCACACGUCUGCACUGAGAUGUGCGAGGAAUUGCACAAACAGCUAACAUUAAAAAAUUACGAUGGCGAUAUAGCCUUUGCGCGAGCUCGAAGCGUGGGAGCGAUGUCUUCAGACAUGGAGGAGGAGGCUUCAGAUGAAUCGGAGGUAUACGUGUCGACUCACGCGGAGAACCUCCUCGCGCCCGCCUUCAGGGCGCUCUUUGAAGACGAGGUGCCGGUGUACCAUGACCAGACCAAGUCGCUGAUCGAGAGCUUUUGCAGUAUUCUCCUCGCGCUAACCUUCAGGGCGCUCUUUGAAGACGAGGUGCCGGUGUACCACGACCAGACCAAGUCGCUGAUCGAGAGCUUCUGCAGUAUGAAAGCUUUUAUAGAGAACCUCCUCGCGCCCGCCUUCAGGGCGCUCUUUGAAGACGAGGUGCCGGUGUACCAUGACCAGACCAAGUCGCUGAUCGAGAGCUUCUGCAGUAUCCUGCCGCCCAUAUGCGGGUUAACAGAAUCAGGCGGGAUGACGUCCCUCGCCGCGUUGUACCGCGCCACCGCCUACAGCGUGCUCAGCUGCUGCGCCGUGCUGCGUGCCGAGCAUCGCCCGCUACUCGGCGAGCUACCAGCAAGACACCGCGACGCAUUGCACGUGCUAAUAAGGCUCGCAGCCGCCGCGCCCGCUGCCUGGCCCAGCCCGAGGCACCUGGCCCACCACGCGCUAUGCUCGCUGCACGCGCUUGAGCAUACCUCACCGUUAGCCCAUGAACCCUUCGGCACUUUAGUUGCGGUUGUAUUAACCAUACCUGCACUGUUCUGCAAGCCAGCUGGACCAGCCAGACCGACAAAUCUCGCACGAAUGCUGACUAUACAGGCGUUCAGAGCGCUGCUAAUGCGCUGUCUUCUUAUCAUGGACUUCAGUAACUGCCGAAGCGAACCCAUGGAGGGCCAGGAAGACUUCGAAAGACCAGACGAUUUGAUCAACUUAGUACCAUUACUAGGCGAACUCCGCCAAGGAAACAUCGACGAGAAUCUUAAUCCAACCGAAGUGUGGGAUAUGAUCAAGAACCAGUGCCUCGGCUUUCUUCGCUGCUGCUGCCUGUUCUUCCACUUUUUAAGUGACGUAAUGCCGCCUACAGAGCUGACCGUAGUCGGCGGGGAUACUUGGGAAACCAUGUGUGGAUAUCUAGACCUGCCUAUGACGUUCAGGGAGCUUUUAGACGCUCCUCUAGCUAGGAAGAAGAUGCGGGAAUGGCUAGGGCUAACCACAGAAUGGCCGCCAAUGAGUGUGCUCUUAGAACCUGCGGAGCCGCCUCGUUUAGUGCCGUUGCCUGAAGAUUUCUCGGAGCUAAUGAAUAUUGUGUCUGAGUUCUCGUGUCCUAACUCUGAACGCGAGGAUAGCAAGUACCCGACUAUGUGCCUCGUGUGCAGCAAGAUAUUAUGCUCGCAGAGCUACUGCUGUCAAACGGAAAUUAGGAAGGGCCGCAGCGGCGGCACGGAGCACGUGGGCGCGGGCGUGGCUCAUGCGUUAUCCUGCGGCGCCGGAGCGGGAGUCUUCCUGCGCGUGCGGGACUGUGAGCUCAUGCUGUUAGCGGCGCCCGCGCGCGGCGCCAUGCUGCCCGCGCCCUACCUCGACUCCUACGGCGAGACCGACCAGGGCCUCCGCCGCGGCAACCCGUUGCACCUAUGCCCGGAGCGCUACGAACAGCUCCGGAUGACGUGGCUCUCUCACGGCGUGCACGAGCGCAUAGCACGCGCUCUCGACUCCAACAUGCUCGUCACCGCGCCCUGGCAGAACAUGUGAUUGCCCGCGCGCACAGGGCCUCACAGGCUACGAGACCAUACACAAGAUCACCAUAGACAAAACCACCAUAGACGUCACGACCGACAUCGACAAGAUCACCAUAGACGUCACGACCGACAUAGACAAGAUUACCACAGACAUCAUAGACGGCAUCACCGCAUAAGGCAGCGGAACAGAGAACUGGCUCAACUACUACAUCGGCAACAGGAUUACCAUAGACAAUAUUACUAUGAUCGACAUUACAUAGGACACAAUAGACACCAAUAUCACCAUGAUAGAAAUAGACGGAAUCGCCGUGAUCGACGAGACAACCAUAGACAAACGCAGCAGCCCAUAGACAACGCAACGCCAGUUAUUGUUUAUUCUGUGGCGUUAUAUUUGAUAGGCCCAAACGGACAGUAAAAAAUGGUCCCUGACCUAGCGACCUGAGUACGUACCUGGUAAACGAGGUUUUUAGAUCAGUUGAAUUUUUCAAUUCUUACCUUACCCUAAAUAAAAGCAUUGUCCGUCACUGUAAUGCACGACCUUGUAGACAUUAUUUAAAAUCCUUUAAACUUCUAAACCAAUAUUAUAAUAAAAGUUUAUUAAAUAAUAGUGAUAGUAGAUCUUUUUGCCUUCCAUGAUGUACUGCUGUUAAAAGUGUCCACAAAUGCCCACAAUGUAAUCGAUAAAAUAAUAUCAGCAUCAGUCUCUCUUACCGAUUCAAUCAUCGACAGAGGCAUUUUAUUUGAAAUAUCACAUUAGCUAUUUCAAGUUGUAGAUUAAACUAAAAAUUAUUUAUAAAAUACUUGCACUCAUAGUGUUACUCGUUAAUAAAAACUAACAGUAUUCGAGAAGAUUUAUGUUUAGAAAAUUACGUGCAAUGUUUAAUUAAUAAUAAUUUCCAAUUAAAGCUAAUGAUUGUAUAAAUUGAAGUUUUGAAAAUGUGAUUCAGUCAGAGAAAUUAUUCAUAAAUUCAGGAAAAUACUUGCAAUAUUUUCGUAAAUAUUAUUUGUAUUUUCAUAUUAUUUAUUUAUGGUCAUAUCAUUCGUGGAAAAAUAUUUUGUAAUGAUUUAUUGUAUUUGCUAAAAUGCAAACUGAUUUUACCGAGUAUGCAAUCGGUAAUAGAACGUCUACGUUUUCAGUCUUGCCAAUUAGAAUACGUUGUUUUAGGAAAUAAAAAUAAAAGAUUGAACUACAAUAAGUGUUUCCAAUUUUUAUCGAUAGAAUUUUUUAUUAACAUUAACCUUCUUAUCCAAAUAAAGCUCUUUAAUCUAUUUUGUAUUCAUAUAAUGUCUAAUUUUAUAUCUCUAUCCAUACUAUAAACUGUUCUUAGUUCAGAUACACAGCAUGUUAUAUCUGAAAUACCUAUUAUUGAUCUUUAAAAAUAUUCAAUUAACUUAAUAUUCUGUCGAUGUCUCCACGCCCCACGUAGUGACCAUUGGUAUUACCUUGCGAACUAAAGUAAACGUAAAUAAUUCCCAAUAAAGUCUAUUUUCGUCCAAAGAAGAUUAACUACUACAGUCUGUGCUCGUUUCGUAACUCAAUAAAAUUUUAUUCGCAAUGAAUAUUUUUUGUAAUAAAAGGAAGCCUUCUUUGGAAGAAAAUCAACAAGCUGUGUCUUUAAAAAUAUUCUUAAAUAGUUAAAAAUUGGUGUUUUAGUAAAUUGAUGUGUCCUUAUAAUAUUGAUUCGAUGUUGAAUGUCUCAUGAUUAAUGAUAGUUUUACUCGUAUUUGUUAAUAAAUUGAUAAUGACUAUUUAAAUGGAGAAAAUUUUAAAAGCUAUGUAUGUGUAGAGAAAUACAGGUACAUUCUCGAUCUAACUAGAUUUUAUGCUAAUCUGGUGUUUAUCUUUGAAUAAAUAAGAGCCCUAGAAAACGCGGGCGAAUGUUGAUUAAUGUCAACUAAUUUACUUGUUCGUUAACGGAGAACGUGACUCUGCUGUAUUGCACAAAAGGAGCAGCUAAUGAUUUUGUAGUUAUUUUUAUUGUUAGAUUAAGGUUUGAACGCUAAAUCCAUAGGUAAAUAAAUAGUUCUAAAAAUCCCAUUAAUUUGGAUACAAAAUUAACCAAUUCGUUUAAUAAUUUUGUAUUUUUCAGUACCUAUUUAGUUAGUGUUGUGAGUACUAAGCACUACCCAGGUAUCGUUUUUACUGUUUAGAUUAAUUUAACAACUAAAUAGAGUGAUUAUUUACUAGUUUACUAGAUAGAACUUUUUUCUGUUAAUUGAUUAUUAUUACAUACUUCUUGUGUGGUUAAGAAAGCAAAUAGGAGUGAAAAAUAAUAUGACACAUCACGUUUUCUCUUCAUACAAAGCAAUUAUAAUGAAAAAUAAACUGCCUAGCCUAUAUUUAUCGAAGUAGAUAUCGAACAGAACUAAAGAACAUUGGUUUGACUUAUAUAAAUAUAAAUCUGAACGAAGAGAAAAUGUGUUGACGUAAUUUUUGCACCUUGAGGGUAGCAUGGAGUCCGCAGGGAAUGGCUGUGUUAUAACUCAAUGCUGUUGAAGUAAGGUUGGACCGACGACUACCAUAUAUUCACCUGCCACGAGUUAGCCUAGUUUAGUGUAGUUAGCCUGUUGAGCUUAGCUAAAUAUUUUGUUCUAAUUGUUUGUUUCGUGCAAUCUCUAAGUAACAUUUUAUUUUAAUCUUUCUAUUGUGUGUUGUAUGUUCUUUUUUCUAGUAGCUUAUGAUUACGAUGGAUCUAAAUGUAAGUAAUUAUAAAAACGCUUCGUUUAUCCGUUUCUUUCACUAUAAAUCUUGUAUUUUUGAUGAAUUAUAGAUUUAGCAUCUAAUAAAUGUUUUCUAUAAAAUAUUAACGUUAAGCUUUUGGAAAUCACAUUACACAUUUGAUGUAUGAUUUAUUUUGUCUGUCUUGAAACAGGGAAGAUUUAUAAUAUAUUAUGAACUAAAAUUUAUUAAAACCAAAUAAUAUAGUAUAUACCAAAUCUCUACUUUUAUUAGUUAAAUAACUGAACUGAUUUGCCACACGAUUUUGAAGUCUAGCGCACCGUAAUAGUGUUAUCGUCAGUUUGUAGACAUCUAGACAGCCUUGCCACUUGCAAUUGUAUAUAAUUAUGUAUACGCUAUAGGUUAGUGCUAGAAUUAACAAUGAGCGUGCCGCUUGCUCUUACGCCUUAAGAAGAGAAAGCCAGACAUAUUGUUUUUAGUCGGUGUAUGACCCUAUGGAAAGUUGGUUUGGAAAGUAUAACACGUAUGAUAAAUUUAAAAUCAGUGUAAAAUGUGAAUUUAAAAGUAUUAUAUUGUAUUGUGGAAUCCAUUUCGGAUGUUUAUCUAUUACAUGUGUAGUUUUAUGGGCGUUUCCAUUGUGUCCCGACUUCCUAGGUUGUAUUACCCGCUAGCAAUCCGCCGGUGUCGAAAUCAAUGAUAUUAUUAUAACUAAAUAAAAAUAAUAAAUUUA